GAAAAGGAGCAAAGUUCAUUGAGAGAUAAAUGAUUGCACAUGAACUGUGGACUUCAAGGACUUGAGACCAUCUAAUGGCAUUGUAUAUACGCACAGAAGGCACUGGACUCUGAGAAGCCUGUGGAUCUCCUGAGCUAUAAAAGCCAUGUUCCCAGCCCAUCAGCACUCCUUCAGGGCAGCUAAGCUGCUGCUCGGGGCUCUGAUCUUUCUUCACGCUUGCAGUUGGGCUUUAAGCUCCAUUGGUGAGACAUGUUACUCCAGACAGCAUCGAGACACCAUUGUGAAAGCUUUGGAUAAUCAAAAGACCGUAAUGGAAGUUAGGAAGAAAGAGGCAGAAAGAGACUGCAUCUUAGCCUGUUGUUCAGAGGAGCUGAAACCAGGUAUAAAGUGCAACAUGGUGGUGUAUAAGCCAUCAGGCCAAGAUAGUAUUGAAAACUGCUACCUGUUUCAUUGUGAAACUGAGCAGGACUGCCCUCUGAUGUCAGCCAAGCCUGGGACCAACACCUAUGAUAUAUUCAAAGGUAUGACACACCCCUCUACAAAAGGAAAGGAGAGAGUACCCACAAUGCCUAUUACGGUAACAAAACAACCUUCUACUACUCAAUCUACUUCAACAACCAUGAAGCCAACAACCACAACGCAGCCCACCACUACACCGAGUACCGUGUCGUCCUCUACGACCACACGUCCAACUACAACAACCACCUCCACCAUAGCGCCCACAGAGCUGGCCAUUAUCCUCCUUACAAUGCCUGUUGAAAUUGUGCCAACCAGUACAUCAACUACAACAACAACAACAAUACAAUCAACAUCUACAACCACAAAGGUACCUUCGACAACGAGCACCACAACAACGACACAUCCGGUCGAGCCACCACAGCCACCCCCAAAUCCAAUCAGACCCUUGAAAAAGCCGAUCAGGCCACCAAAAAAGCUAGACCCACAUGGGAAAUCUAAUUCUAAAUUAAGUGAUUUUCCAACCUUACAGAAACAAGCCACACCUACUACUACUAACACUAGUACAACUACUAGUGCAACUACAUCCAUGACAACUACUACUCCCACUACAACCACAACUACUACUCCCACAACAACCACAACUACUACUCCCACUACAACCACAACUACUACUUCCACUACAACCACAACUACUACUUCCACUACAACCACAACUACUACUUCCACUACAACCACAACUACUACUCCCACAACAACCACAACUACUACUCCCACAACAACCACAACUACUACUCCCACAACAACCACAACUACUACUCCCACAACUACUACCCCCACAACAACCACAACUACUACUCCCACCACAACCUCAACUAGUACUCCCACUACAACUACUACAACCACUACAGCUACAUCAUCAACUACCACUGAAAGGACAACUAUAGUCGUCGUAGAAAUGGAUAACGAGCUGAACAACAGAGAUUCAGUCCCAUCUGGAGCCGCUGCCCCGGAUAAGUCUAAGAAUUCACACUUGAUGUGGAAGAAUAGCCUGGCUUUGCUAGUCGUGCUCACACUCAUCAUUCUCACAUUUGUCGUGGCCAUCGUGGGCCGCAGAGCCAUGGAAUCCUUUGACAGGAGACACUACACUAGACUUGAGCUCAACGACCUUCAUUAUGAGAUCUAAAGCUCAACCAUGUCCUUGAUGAUCACAGAGACAAUCCCAUUCAAAUUUGAAAUGUAUUUUUUUCCCCUGUCAGUUCACUAAAACUAAAUAUUUUGAUAUGUAAAACAUUUUGGGUUGAAGAAAGUCACAUUCCCCAUUCAUAAGAUGUUGUAACUGCUAAAGGGACGCAUCAUGAUGGAGACGUAAGGAAGAGAUUAGGGUUGUAGGGAAUAAAAGCAAUACAAUGACCUCAGGAAGUUUAAAAAUUUAGGACUAGAAUACUGUUGGACAUUCUUUGCUAUGGCAAUGCAUAAGUCAUUAACAUUUCCUUCAUGUAAGACCAAUCAAUAAUUAAGCUGGUUUAAGGACUGCUGCAUAAUCAACACUUCUUUCAGAGGCUUCAUUUGUUUGAUCACUUUAGCCUGUUUGUGUAAGACUUGACUUCGGUAUGAAGGUAAACCAGCUCUCUACCAUUUUAACCAAGUCAAACAUAUUAAUCCGUUACAUAUCAUAACAUCAAACACAUUCGGUCAUUUUUUGAUUAUGAUAUAGUACAAUUUGAGUGAUUAAUGCCAUCAUUGCAGGGUGUUAAUAUAGAAAUAAAAGACCUGAAAAAUAUGGUUCUGUUCUUCAGACCUUGUUUUUCACAAGCACCUUUAAAUGGCCAUAUCUGUUCAGGACUUUCUAACAGAAAAACAGCAGCGUCUCAAACUGUAUUUACUUGCUGUACAUCAAAUCUAUGUGAUUAUAUUUUCCACUAUGUUUUACUGACGUACUUUCAUUUAUUACACCGAUCCAUGGGAAAGUCUCUGAUGCAUCGUUCACAUUGUGCUGCAUUGUUCUGUUUCGUGUCAAAACAAAUACUACUUCUUGGUGGUAAAUUACAUUGGAUGUGCACUAUUUUCACAUGAAUACUUUCUUAACGAGCAGGUGUGUGAGUGUGAUUGUAAGGUGGUCUGCACUAGUUAAUGCUAACACUUGCUAAGAGCAUGCAUGGUAAAUGUGAUUUGCAAUAUUUACUGUGUUUGAGUAUGGUUUUUAACAUGCCUUUGCCGACUUCCACUCUAUUUAGGAGUGUGUAUCAGCAUAUAAGACAUACUACUUGCCGCACUAGAUAUAGAUUGUUUAUCCGAGGUUUAAAUCUAAUAUUAUACAUAUAAGAAUACUUAUAUUUAUUUGAAACAACUCCAUCCAUUUAUAGGAAUUUGCAAAGCUAUCUUAACUAUUUCUGCUACUGUAACAUAUAGAUAUUGACAUAACUACUAUAGGGCUCAAAUUUAGCUAACAAACUUCAGCUAAUGAAGCACUACAGUGGGCCUUAUGAUGUCGAAUUGGAUGAAGAAGUGAAGUCAAACCAGGGCUUGUUAGAAACUGUAUUAAAACGCACAUGGCAUACACUGAAACUUCAAAACUAGCUGUAAUUGCAAUUUUUGACCAAAGGUGGCAGCAGUCACUUAGUUGAACCUACAGCCACCUUCCUGCUCCUGUGCUCCAUUUUAAGGAACCUGGUUUAGUUGCACAAAUCUUUUCAUGUUUUUCUUGAAUUGCUUUUUUGUAUUUUAAUAUCACUGUAUAUAUAUAAGAUGGUGAUGGUUUGGUCUUGUUUUUGUGAGUGGUUGCUUUGAACAACAAUUGGAAUUUAUUGUAGGCUAUUUUCUCUGGCAAAAUAAAAUAUUAAUUCUUUGAAGAAA